CAGCCACGUCGAGAGGGCCAGGCUACGGCAGGCCGCCGCCAAGGAGCACGGAGCCAUGACGGGACGGAGCACGAGUUCUAGUCCGCCAUGGGGACAUGAGCCGGUACCGACGUAGAAGAGGGACCUGUGCUCGUCUGGAGAAGCCAGUACGAUGGAAAACAGCGGACGACACAGCAGACUUGGUGCUGCUUUUUCGAGAGAGGCUGCCAAUCCAAAGGGAACAUCUGAUGAGAACUUUCCAACAGCUCUGCCCGUGCGCCUGGAUGUGGUCAUGGGUCCCGAGCGUCUUCCUGCACAUGAGGAGUUGCAGGAAAUGCUGCGAGGGAAACUGCGCAUUCAGCAGGCCGACAGCACUGAGCUCAGCGCUCUCAUUGAGGAGUUGUCUGCUCACCUGGUCGCCGUCGACAGUGAAGACCGAGUGAUUUUUGUCACGUUCAAGGCAUUCGAGGAAGUGUGGAAGUUCACAACCUAUUUCACGCACGGUCGGCUGGGUCAUUGCAUGGAGCAUCUGUUGUUUGACCACAAGAUGUGGCUCCUUUCUUUGGAAAACCAUCUUGGAAUCAAAGUUUCCGUUCUGGAGGACACGCUUCAUGUUAUCUACUCGUGUGUCCUCAUGCAAGAAGGGUCACUGUUUGCUCGCUGCGCCGCCAGCCAGAUGUUUGACAGUUGCACCUCCGGAGCUGACCUCUACCUGGAGCAAGGCGACGUUGCGCUCUUCGAGCCUCCCUUCAUGGACUCGGGCUGGACUGUCCUUUGCCUGGCCGACGGGGCCCGAGGCACCGCGCCCAAACCUGCGCUGGAGCCCGUCAUACCUUUUCAUCAGUGGUUUCUUAAGUCUUGCGCAGAGAGCAUUGUGGUGGGUGACGGUAAACCCGUUCGUGACUUCCCUCUACACUUUGCCACAGGCACAUGUGUGGCCGCCACGCGAUAUGAUGCCGAAGGCCCAGAUGAGCUCAGCGUGUCCCCGGAUGAUCGCAUCAUCAUCGUGGGACGACUGGUAUCCUGUCACGGCUGGUUCUUGGGCAUGAAAGAGGAAACGAGAGAAGCGGGUCUUGUGCGGGCGAGCCAGGUGAAACCCUCGGGCGACACCUACGACUCGGUAAACGCUCUUUUAGUUGGGGAAGAAGUCGACUUUUACAAUCUGCGUGAAGACGGCGUCAUUGAGGAAACUACUGCUCUACUCAAGAGCACGUCUCAAAGUGAUAUUGGCCGUAACUACAAACUAGAUGUGUUCAGUUACCAAGACUCCAAGACCAAUCGGUCAAAAGGUCCUUCGGCCCCAGUUCAGGCUGACUUCCUGGAAAAUACGGCGCGGCUUCUCGACGGACAAAAGCAUCGAUCCCCUCGGCGUGUUUGUACGAGAACCCAAGAGGAAGCGAUGGAUCCAGUUGAAGGCCACCGCGCGGUGGCUCGUUGUAUCACUGUGCAACCAGCUGAAGAAAGACAACGCACAGAGAGCAUCACUUUGCUGCUGUCCUUUCUGAAAGGACGUGAAUACAAAGAUGAGUUCGGAGCCUUUUACGUACUAAGUCCUGAACUCGUGUCCUCCACCAUCUUCUGCGGCCACUCAUGCGAGGACGAGUUGAUUUCCUUUCUGUCCGUCGCCAGAGAAACCGCCAGGAAGAAACGACAAUUCUGGUCCCAGACUCGUUUGUGCUUCCUGUUGGGCAAGUUCAGCGCCUCCAAGUCCAAAUUCAGCCAGGCCCGCGUUUACUUUGAGGAGGCGCUCGGCGUCCCCCGGGAAACUUUCGCCGACCUCAGGCUGUUGGCGAGCAUUUAUUCCAACCUGGCCGGCGUUUAUCUGUUACAGAAGAACAGGGAGAGCUUCUUCGGCAUGUCCGAGCGACUGGCGGCCCUGUUAAUGGGCACGGCGGACUGCCUGGAAUGUGUGACGGAAAGCUCGGUUCUAGAACAUGCCCUCAAGAGGGCGAUCUUGUCUCAAAACGCAAUGGCUGAAGCCCGAGCUUGCUAUCUUCUGGCGAGGCACCACUGGAUUCAGAAAAAGAGGCCAAAAGUUGUCCCUUACUUAGAGAGGCUCCUUGUUCUUUGCGCAGGAGCUCAGGGAAAGUCCAGCGUCUCCCCCAGCAGAGGACAUUUAACGCUCGGGAGGCUGCAAAGGGAAAUGGGCCUCCGCCAUCUUAGUAUUUGCUCUGCCGGUAGCGCGCUGCUGCAUCCUUCUGCGACGCUGACCGAGGGCCUCAGCAGCCUGCUCCUCGUCUCAGACAACACCACCGACGGAGACUCGUUCCCAGCCCACCUGGCUCCAUAUUUGCAUCGCUGUCUCUCCUUGAGCGACAGUCAAGGAGCGCCAGGCCACGAAUCACGUUCAGUUUUGAAGCACCAGCUGGCCCUUUGUCUCUCGCAGCUUUUUUACCAACACGGGAUGCUGGGCCACGCCAUCCGACUCAUGCGCGCUCUUAUCGGCGCCGCCCCUUCCUACCCCGACAUGGCAGAACAGAAGAUCGCCCUCAUCUGGCUGGCAUGGCUCCACAUCCACGACCUUGAACCGAGCACGGGGCUGCACAUAUUAGACACGGUCUUGGACGCCCUGCCGGAGCACUGCACCGUGCCGCUGGAAGGGCUGGUACUCAACAUGCGCGGCGUGGCACUCGGGUGCAUGGGUGACAUUCGGAGGGCAGCGGAGAGCUAUCGCGACGCUGUGGAUAUCUGUCAGGAGUACGAAGACACGCCAAACUGGGCGGUGGCGCUUGCUAACCUCGGCCUGCUGUGUCUCAAGGUUGGAGCUAAAGGACUAGCGCAGAAGCACCUGAUGGAGUCUGUGCGUCUCUUUUCCGCGCUGGAUGGAGGACACGAGACGACUUUCAUCGCCGUGCUGCUGCAGCUGGGACAACACUGCGUGAAGGAGCGGCGGAUGCAUUACGGGAAAGGAUGCUACGAGUGGGCUUUGCUGCUAGCCAUCAAAGCCAACCUCUCAGACUGCCAGCUGACGGCGGUAAGACGUCUAUGCCACCUUUACGAGUGCGAGAGUCCAGACCGGGCCCGACGUAUCAUCUACAGCCAGUACCAGGUCCGGCUGCUUCAUGGGACGCCUGAUCGAGAACGGGAGGGCGACGUGCAGGAAGCCAUCAGCCAGCUCUUCCUCUCAUUGGCCACCCACAGGGCCUAUCGCGCAGCUCUCGAUCACACCAAGAGCAGUCUGGCUAUUUUCAUCGACCUGGGCCGCAAGGAGAAGGAAGCAUACGGAUGGCUACAAGCCGGCAAGCUCUACCACCUCCUCGGCCAGGUGGAACUGGUGGAACUUUACGUGCAGGUGGCUCAGGAUGUCGCUCUGAGCACAGGAGACACCAAGUUCAUCUUGAAACUUCUGGAAGCUGCUGGUGAUGUCUUCUUCAACAGCAGCCAGGACCGAGACAAGGCUAUCAUGUACUACAGGGAUCGCGCUCUUCCCAUCGCUGCCAAGAGCGGAGCCACGUCCAGCAGGCUGAGGCUGUGCAACAAGCUGACAGAAGUCAUGCUGAAUCUCCAACUGUACGGGGAGGCCGUGGAGUUUGCUCACACCGCUCUGGACAUCAGCAUCACUCUGGGUGAGCACCUGAACGAACGAGUGGCCUACCAUCGUCUGGCCACCUUGUAUCACCGUUUAGAUCAGUGUGAGCUGGCCGAACACUACUACCUGAAGACCUUGAGCCUCUGCCCGGCCCCCCUGCAGUUCGACGAGGAAGCUCUCUACUACGCCAGGGUCUAUCGGACCUUGGGCGACAUCCUUUUCUACAAUCUGAAGGAACCUUUUGAUGCGGCAGGCUACUACCACUUAGCUCUGGCCGCAGCCAUGGAUGUGGGAAACAAGAAGUGGCAGCUGGUGCUGUGCACCCGCCUCGCCACCCUCUACCACAACUUCCUCAUGGACCGCCAGCUCUCGCUCUUUUUUUACAAGAGAUCCCGAGGCCUCGCCGCAGAGCUCAACGUGAGGAGGAUGAACACGGCGGUGGACCGCGCCAGCGUGGCAGUUUACUAGGGGCCGCCGGGACGACAGUAAGAAAUGUCUUCAUAUCAUUGCACGACUGGACAGCGUUUCAGCACGUCCGCUGUGUUGCGUAGUAUAAAAUGCGUCUACAUUUUUUUUCCUUUGGCAAUAUCUGUGUAGCUCAGGAAUAUUUUGUCGCAUUGUAGCUGCCAUGAAUUACCCCGGAUUCCAAUCAUCUGAAAAUUAUGUAAUCGGGACGGAUUUUUCAGAUCACGUAAUCAAGAUCGGGAUCCCGACUCAUAAGACGUACUCAUUUUAGUAGUGCCCUGAAUAGUCAUUCUGAUGUGGAAAACAAGCUUACUAUUUGGAAGAAACUGAGGCAAAGUCGGCCACUUGUGCAGUGUCGAGUAAUGUCAGUGUUUACCCACUGAGGGUCAGCGUAAUCUUGUUUCACGGGAGGAAUUUGGGUCCUGCCAAGAUGCAACUCAGCGGCCGAAAUAUUCAACACACAAAGCAUGAAAUAAAAUUAAAGUGAAUUAUGAGAGGAACUAAGUCAUAUCUGGAUGAAGCAAUCUGGUCAUAUGCAAAUGUGAAAGAUGCUUGCGGUGAAUGUCAGCUGCGAGCUGCAAAAGACAAUCAAGAUGUCAAAAACACUUUUGAACACAAGGGGUGGGGGGGACUACAUUUGGUUUGAAUAGGCGCUAAAAAUAUCAGUCAGACCGAGCAAUGGGAUUGUGAGGCUGACAUAAUUAGAGCAUUUGCUUAUUUUAAUCGUGCACAUGAAUAUAUUUAGCUGCCGCGUGGUGCGUGCGUCCUUAAGAGAGUUGAGUCCAAGGAGAGACGUCAUUCCGUGCCAUACGUUAGCGUUCCUGGAGUUUUUUUUUUUUUUUUUCGCUCUCAAGAUUGCUUUUCCUGUUGCUUUCCACACAGUCUAACUUUCAAAAGUCGGACUACCCCAGCUCCAUCCCCAACGAAUCAAAGCGAAAAUCACAAAUGGUGCAUCAGCGAACCCAGGCGGACGAGCCGCCGGGGUAGGAGGGAGGGAAUGGCACAACGGAUUAAGGGUGGCGGUAGGAAGAAGGCAGCAGUGAGAGAUUGAUGUUGUGCCCAGUCGGUGUUGCUGCAGUGGCAAUUAGAUAAGAGGUCUGGAUCAGCAGUCGGCGUGCUCAUGGCGCAGUCAGCGCAAGGCUAUUCGAGAUGAAGUCGCUGACAUUUAACAUGGCCACCAAAGCAUAUGCCGUGCACAGUUGCCACAAAAAGAAAAAACUCACACAAAAAGAAAAAACUCACGCAACUCACCUGGGUGCUUGUCGUAUUUUCCAUGGCUUUUGACACGUCACACAAGUGGACUUUUUGGACAGACUCGCAUUAGGACGAACAGUUGUCCAACUAGGAACGAAAGUCAUGACAACUAAGGAGGGCGAGGCAUUUAGGGGGGGAAAAAUAUUUUGAUUAAUGUUGAAAUUGCGAUGAAUAAAAAUGAUGUACAUUGGUUUCAAAAUUCAGUAUUAAUUCAACUACUAAAAACCAACUAUUCAAAACAAA